GCCACAUCUACUUAUUUCAGAGAAAACCAAUCUGAUCUCCAAAAGCUGCUCUCACACUCUUACUUUCUCUUAGUGUGUGGAUGAAAUAAGGAAAAAUGGCUGAGGCCAGGAUUUUAGAUCACUUAUCAGCGGAUCAAUUCACCUGUCCAUUGAGUUUAGGUCUCCUAAAAGAUCCAGUGACGAUUCCCUGUGGUCACAGUUUCUGUAAGAUGUGUAUUAAUGACUGCUGGGAUAAGGAAGAUGAAAAGGGGGUUUAUAGCUGUCCUCAGUGUAAAGACACUUUCACACCGAGGCCUGUUCUACGCAGAAACAACAUGCUGGCUGAACUGAUGGAGAAACUGGAGAAAGCUGGAGUCCAAGCUGCUUCUCCUACUCACUGUUACGCUGGACCUGGAGAUGUGGAGUGUGAAAUCUGCACCGGAAGAAAACACAAAGCCCUUAAGUCCUGUCUGAUGUGUCUGACCUCCUUUUGUGAGACUCAUCUUAAACAUCAUCUUGAAAUUCCAGGUUUGAAAAAGCACACCUUAGUUGGAGCCUCAUCAAAUCUCCAGGAGAAGAUCUGCUCUCAACACGAAAAACCAAUCGAGAUCUACUGUCGUACUGACCAAAGGUCUAUUUGUUCUUUGUGUAUGUUGGAUAAUCACAAAGUUCAUGACACUGUAUCACUUUUAGCAGAGAGAACUGAGCAACAGUGUAAUCUAAAGGAGGAGCAGAUGAAAUCACAGCAGAAAAUCCAAGAGAAGCAGGAGAUCGUGGAUGAGCUGAAACAGGCUGUGAUCACGAUUAAGUCUCGUGCUCAGACGGCAGUGGAGGAAAAUGAGAUGAUCUUUACUGAGAUGAUCAGCUCCAUGGAGAAGAAGCGCUCGGAGGUAACAGAGCUGAUCAGAGCUCAGGAGAAGGAUGAACUAAGUAAAGCUGAACGACUUUUGAAGCAACUGGAGCAGGAGAUCUCUGAUCUUAAAAGGAGAAUCACUGAUCUGGAGGAACUUUCACAUACACAAGAUAACCUACAUUUCAUUCAGAGGUUCCAUUCUCUCUGUCUCUCGUCUGGACGUGAUUCACCUUGCAUCAUUGUCCAUCCGCAGCUCUCAUAUGAUGGCCUUAGAAAUUCUCUCUCAGAGCUGAAAAAGAAAUUUAAGGAAUUCUGCGAGGAGGAAUUCCACAAAAUCCCUCCAUAUGAUUUCUGUUAUCUGACACUGGAUCCCAACACAGCACAUUAUUUACUCCGUUUGUCUGAGAAUAACAGAGUGGUGACAUGUAGUAGAAAAAAGCAGCUGUCCGCUGAUCAUCCAGAGAGAUUUGAUUCGUAUUAUCAGGUGUUGUGUAAGGAGAGUGUAAGUGAACGCUGUUACUGGGACGUGGAGUGGAGUGGUGAUGGAGGUGUGGAAAUCGCAGUCUCAUAUAAAGAUAUCAGCAGAAAAGGACAGGGUAAAGAGUGCGACUUUGGUCGCAGCAGUCAGUCCUGGAGUCUGUGCUGUUCUCCUUCCUCUUUCUGGUUCUAUCAUGAUGACAUUAAAACUGAUCUUAGCGUUCCAUCUUCCACCAGAAUAGGCAUAUACGUUGAUCACAGUGCAGGAAGUCUGUCCUUCUACAGCGUCUCUGACAAGAUGAAGCUCCUCCACAGAGUCCACACAACAUUCACUCAGCCUCUAUACGCUGGGUUUAAGCUUGUUUUGUAUUCAACUUUAAAACUUAAUGACAAAAUAAUGUAGUGUGGUGUUUUAUUAUAUGUAACAGGAGGAUGCAGAACUUGCACAGUUACUAAUCGUUGUUUAGGUAUAAUAAAACUUUAAAACAGUAAAGUCUGGGCUCAGCUACACUGUUGUACAAAAAAAGUUUUUUUCAUUUUCAUGUUUUUAUUUGUGUGUUUUUGUUAAUAAAAUAUUAAUGGGCAUU